UCCUGCAACAUGCCAUUUUCGUGUCUCUCUCGGACGGUAUGCCGGUUUUAACGCGUUACACCGGAUUAAACUCGUUUUCUGCGCUCUGACGACGGCGGAGGAUUCGAGGUCGAAUAUGAGUAGGUUUCGAUGUAGUAAGCUAUCAUGAGGGUGCAGGUGAUGGAAGCACCCAGCACCAUGACCGCCUUCAACCAGGAGAACGUGGAGGAUCAUUACGAGAUUGGAGAUGAGCUUGGAAGUGGUCAGUUUGCAGUGGUGAGGAAAUGUCGCAAGAAGAGCACAGGACAGGAGUUCGCUGCGAAGUUCAUCAAGAAGCGUCGGAGCAAGUCGAGUCGGCGUGGGGUGUCCAAGGACGACAUCGAGAGGGAAGUGAGCAUCCUCAAGCAAAUCCAGCAUCCCAAUGUCAUCACUCUGCACGAUGUGUUUGAAAACAAGAGCGAGGUCAUUCUCAUCCUUGAGCUUGUGGCAGGUGGAGAGCUCUUCGACUUCUUGGCUGAGAAGGAGUCUCUCAGCGAGGAAGAGGCCACUGAGUUUCUCAAACAGAUCCUGGAUGGCGUCAACUACCUGCACUCCAAGCAUAUUGCCCACUUCGACCUGAAGCCGGAAAACAUCAUGCUGCUGAAUAGGAACGUGCCUCACCCACGCAUUAAGCUCAUCGACUUCGGCCUGGCACACAAGAUCGACUUUAGCAACGAUUUUAAAAACAUUUUCGGCACUCCGGAGUUCGUCGCUCCAGAAGUGGUAAACUAUGAGCCACUGGGCCUUGAGGCAGACAUGUGGAGUGUUGGUGUGAUUACUUACAUAUUAUUAAGCGGCGCUUCCCCAUUUCUGGGGGAGAACAAACAGGAGACUCUGGCCAACGUGUCGGCGGUGGACUACGAAUUCGAUGAGGAAUAUUUCAGCCACACCAGCGCUCUGGCCAAAGACUUCAUCGCACGGCUCCUUAUCAAAGACCCGAAAAAAAGAAUGACAAUUCAGGACAGUCUGCAGCAUCCAUGGAUCAAGCCAAAAGACACUCAACAAGCACUUAGUCGCAAGGAAUCAGCUGUGAAUAUGGAGAAAUUCAAGAAAUUUGCAGCACGAAGAAAAUGGAAGCAAUCAGUGCGUCUGAUCUCGCUUUGUAACCGGCUCUCCCGCUCCUUCCUGUCCAGAAGCAACAUGAGCGUGGCACGUAGUGAUGACACACUGGAUGAAGAGGACUCAUUUGUAAUGAAAGCCAUCAUCCAUGCCAUCAAUGAUGAUAAUGUCCCAGGUCUGAAGCACCUCUUAGGUUCUUUGACAAGCUACGACAUCAACCAUCCAAAUAAGCAUGGAACGCCUCCACUCCUGAUCGCAGCUGGCUGUGGAAACAUUCAGAUCAUAGACGUGUUGAUAAGAAAAGGAGCAGAGAUGCAAGCCCUUGACAAGUCUGGAGCCAACGCUAUCUACUACUCAGCUCGACAUGGCCAUGUGGAGACCUUGAAAUUCCUCCAUGAAAAGAAGUGCCCUCUGGACACCCAAGAUAAGUCAGGGGAGACCGCUCUGCAUGUGGCUGCUCGAUAUGGCAACGUGGAUGUAGUUCAGUAUCUUUGCAGUAUUCACGCCAACCCGGACCUGACAGACAGGGAGCAGGAGACUCCUCUGCACUGUGCAGCAUGGCACGGGUACUCAGCAGUGGCACGGGCCCUGUGUCAAGCUGGCUGCGAUGUUAAUGCCCGUAACCGUGAAGGUGAAAGUCCACUGCUCACCGCCUCAGCCCGCGGCUUCCGUGACAUUGUGGAGUGCUUGCUGGAGCACGGGGCUGACAUGGAUUCCACUGAUAAGGACAACCACAUUGCACUGCAUCUGGCAGUACGGAGGUGUCAGGUCGAGGUGGUGAAGUGCCUCCUCAGCCACCAUUGUUAUGUGGACCACCAGGAUAGGCAUGGAAACACACCACUGCACAUCGCCUGCAAGGAUGGCAACCUGCCAUUGGUGGCGCUGCUCUGUGCUGCUAAAGCAAAUUUGGAUAUUCCGAACAAGUUUGGGAAAACUCCUCUCCAUGUGGCCGCGAGUAACGGAGGACUGGAAGUGGUGAGGCAUCUCUGCGUGGCCGGAGCUAACACAGAGGCCAUCACUAUUGAUGGAAAGACGGCAGAGGAAGUGGCAGCUGCAGAACAGCAAGAGCACGUAGCACUUCUGUUGGCCAAACUGAGGAAGGACAAUCACAAAGGUGGCUAUAUCCAGCAGCUGAGACCCACUCAGGCACCUCAGCCACGAAUCAAGCUCAAACUGUUUGGCCAUUCCGGUUCUGGGAAAAGCACGCUUCUGGAAUCUCUGAAAUGUGGUAUCCUGAGGAGCUUUUUUAGGCGUAGGAGACCCAGACUCACCAACCCUGUGAGACACCCAGCCUCACCUGCCACAUCCAAACCUGCAGUUUCUGUGAGUAUCACAAACCUGUAUCCAGGCUGUGAGAAUGUAAGCGUGAGAAGUCGUAGUAUGAUGUUCGAGCCCAGCUUGACUAAAGGAGUAUUGGAGGUGUUCACUCCUGUCCACGGCAGCUUGAACACAGCAGAUGACACAGCCACCAAGGCCAUCGACAUCCACACAGCCAAUGUCAACGGUGUUGGAGACUUCAGCGUUUGGGAAUUUUCCGGCAAUCCAGUGUACUACUGCACCUACGACUAUUUUGCAGCCAAUGACAGUACAGCCAUCCACCUGGUGACAUUUAGCCUGGAGGAGCCGUAUGAGACUCAGCUCAGCCACGUCACCUUUUGGCUCAACUGUCUCAAGGCUCUCACACUGCCUGAGGACAACAUUGCUUUUGGAGGAAAGAUCAGAAAUCCUCUGCACGUGGUACUGGUGGCAACACAUGCCGACAUUGCGAGCCUGCCGCGCUCUUUUGGUGGAGAGUUCAGCUACGACAGGGAGAGAGCUUUACUGAAAGAAGUCCGUAACAGGUUUGGAAAUGAUCUGCAAAUUGCCGACAAGCUCUUCAUAAUGGAUGCUGGAGCCUCAAACUCAAAAGACAUGAAGUUGCUGAGAAACCUCUUAUUAGAGCUGCGCAACUCCAUCAUCUCAAGCUGUAGGCCUAUGACACAACUAGCAGAGAAAUUAUUGUCCACUCUGCCCUCGUGGCGUAAAGUGACUGGACCAAACCAGCUGAUGUCCUGGCAACAGUUUGUGGUGGACGUACAGGACCAAAUCAACCCUCUGGUCAGCGAGGAGGACCUGCGAGAGCUAGCUUUACAGCUGCACACUAUGGGAGAGAUCAACAUCAUACAGAGUGAAACUGUCCAAGACGUGGUUCUCUUGGAUCCCCGCUGGCUCUGCAGUAAUGUUCUUGGCAAGCUCCUGUCCAUUGAAACUCCCAAAGCCAUUCACCAUUACAGGGGACGCUACCGCCAGGAAGAGCUCCAGACGCUGGUCUCUGAGGGGGAUGUAGACGAGCUCCUUCAAAUCUUGGACGCCAUGGACGUAUGCGCCCGCGAUGUAACCAACCCCGGUAUGGUGGAUGUGCCCGCCCUUAUCCGCGCCGGUGACCUGCAGCAUUCCUGGACUGAUGAAGCGGAUGAAGAGGUGGAGGACUCCUUGCUUUACGGAGGUGUCCGCAUAGUCCCGGCCGAGCACUUGACGCCUUUCCCCUGUGGACUUUUUCACAAACUCCAGGUGAAUCUUUGUCGCUGGAGCAGGCAGCAAAGACCAGAGGCCGAGGUGGAUGAAGUUAGGUUGUGGACCGGAGGCGCUCGGGUUGGAGUUGGUGGAGCUGAUGCUUUAGUACUUCUAGUUAAUCAUGGACAAGGACUGGAAGUACGACUGAGGGGCCCAGAGUCUGAACGUAGCCGAUGCUAUGCUUUGCUAGAUACCCUGUGUGGAAUGGCAGAGGGGCUGCUUGCUGCUACACUACCAGGCCUUCUGACUGCCCGGCAUUACCUGAGUCCUCAGCAACUGCGAGAGCAUCACGGACCUGUCAUGCUUUACCAGCCCAGGGACUUCUUUAGGGCUCAAGCCCGGGGUGAAAAUGCAUUAACCAACACCAUGGGUGGCUAUAGGGAGAGCUUUGCUAGCAUCGUAGCACUAGGCUGCAUCCAGGUCUACAAACAAGGAACUCUUGGCGGGGAUGUAGCCAUUGCUGAGGUUAGCCACCUGGCUCGUCGCAAGCUCUGCCGCAUGCUUGACCCACCUGACAACCUUGGCAAGGACUGGUGUCUUCUAGCCAUGAAUCUGGGUCUUAGCGAGCUGGCUGCCAAGUACAGCCCUGGCACCAGUGGAACUCCUCCCCUUGACCCGUUUUCUGUCCCAAGCCCGACAGCAGCGCUGCUUUCUGAGUGGAGCCAACGUUCAGACUCUACCAUCGGUGUCCUGGUAGCUAAGCUAAGAGAACUUGGCCGGCGCGACGCAGCCGAUUUUCUGCUAAAAGCAGCACCCGUGUUCCGGGUCAACAUGGACAGCCUUGGGACUCCACCAGAACCUUGCGGCCCAGUCUGCAACGGAGGAACAUCUUACAACUCCAUUAGCUCCGUCAUCUCCCGCUAGAGUGCCACCCAUGUGCAUGGAAGAACAUGUGCAAUUUAGCCUGUGAAGUGUUGUUAUCUUCCAGUUCCUGUGUUACAUAAGACUGUAAUCUGUGAAGUUUGAGACUUUGUACACAUCAAUCUUUCUGCUCUCUUCUUUCUGAAUGUCUCAUUUCUGUGAGCGUGCCUACCUUAAGAAUCAUUUUUAGCUCAAGGUUUUUUUUUGUUUUGUUUUUUUUAAAUGUGAAAGCGUUGUGAUAUCAAGGAAACCUGGACGAUUUCUCAAUUUCGGAUUCUUUUAUAUAUUUAGAUAUGUAUGGCAAUGGUUUUGUAUACGACCUUUUGAGAAAACCCUGCAUAGUUAAGUGCUUGUCCCUGUUAUUAAUGAUUCAAGUAAUUGAGUGCCUUUACGAUAGUAAGCCAAUUCUUUAUGAGCCAUUUUGAAAUUACCGAAUGCCCUUUGAAUCGAAUUCAAAACCCAAAGUCUUCUAGCCCCAAUCAUGGGCUUGUCAGUAUUUCAGGCAUCAAUUUUGAACCAUAUUGCUUUUUCAAUAGAGCUUGUGAUUUUAAAAGGUACAGUUUACUGUCAUCUUUUUUCUCAAGUUUACAUUUUCUUAUGCUAAUAGUUUUAGCAUAGAACAUGAAAACUGCACCUGUAUGCCCUAGAAAGGGGUGGGCAAUUCGAUUCAGUUAUGUAUCUCGAUUCUUUCGUGUGGCAAUUCACGUAUCGGCACACUGACUCCAAAAUCAAUUUUUUAAAAUGAA